GAUCAUUUUUUUCAACACGAAGGUUUCCCAAGAAUAGAUCCGUUCGCUUGUACAAACGAUUGUAGAGAAAAAAUGAAAAGCCAUUUUCAAUUUAAAACCCAGCAAAUUUUGGAAUGGACUACACGAUAUUUUGAAGACGCCAGAACCAUUGAAGACCAGCAAGGACAGAAAGAUGAUCAUUCCUAUAAACCAAAUUUGAAUGAUUAUUGGGGUUUUUUUCAUGGAAGACCACUUGGUGAGCUAGAAAGAAAAAUUAUUAAAAACAUGAAAGUUGGUUUAUUGAAUGGGGAGCCUAUAAGAUUAUGCGAUCUCCCAGAGGGUACCAAAUGUGAUUUUGAUGCAACAAAUUUAGAAGAA